ACAAGAGUUAUCGGUGAUAAGAGUUCUGUGAUCAUAAUACGAAGCUAAAUUGUGUCUGUGAAAGUGAAAGAAAAUGUAAUUAAUGCCAGUGUGUUUUACGACAUUGAUGGUAUGGCAUCUUGAAAUCUGUUUGGAUAGACUGAUAUGCAAGACUAAAUGGAACAGACGGAAUUUUAUGCUGCCCUGUUGGCAGGGGGGCUGGCAGGAACAACUGUUGAUGUCUCCCUGUUCCCGCUGGACACUCUCAAGACUCGCUUGCAGAGUGCAAAGGGAUUUAGGAGAGCUGGUGGAUUCAAGGGAGUGUACUCUGGCUUGGCUUCUGCAGCACUGGGUUCAGCUCCAACAGCGGCAUUGUUUUUCUGCACUUAUGAAUUCAUCAAAGCCAGCUUACCUCAUGGUGCUGACCCAACUGGUUCUGGCCAGGUAAUGGUUCAUGUGGCUGCAGCAUCUUUAGGGGAAGUGGCUGCCUGUCUUGUACGUGUUCCCGUAGAAGUGGUCAAACAACGAACCCAAGCCACACAUGCAUCUUCUUCUCUUAACACGCUCCGUAAAACAUUAGCGUCAGAGGGUGCAUUUGGAUUAUACAGGGGAUACUUUAGUACUGUGUGCAGAGAAGUUCCAUUUUCCUUCCUCCAAUUCCCAAUGUGGGAAUAUUUUAAAAGAAAAUGGUCUGACACUCAAGGUCACCCAGUGUUGCCGUGGCAAUCCUCGGUUUGUGGAGCUGUAUCAGGUGGUCUUGCAGCUGGUAUAACAACUCCGCUAGAUGUGGCUAAAACAAGGAUCAUGUUGGCAAAACAAGAAAGCAAUAUAGCAACAGGCAGUAUUAUGUUCGCUCUACAAAGUGUUUACCAGGCGAGGGGAUUCAGAGGGCUGUUUGCUGGUAUUAUUCCAAGGACUGUGUGGAUAUCAUUGGGAGGGGCAAUAUUCUUAGGUGUCUAUGACAAAUCAAAACUUGUAAUUCAUCAAGUUGUGUACAAAGAUAGCAUGGAUGCACCAAGAUGACAGUGUUGUUACAAUAGACCGUUUCAUAUUUUUUGGGUAUAUAUAUUAAUAUUGUACAAAACAAAAAAAGACAAAAAACACCUUCUAAGGACAUAGUUAUUCAACCAUUUGGUUGAGAUGGUAAAACCUAUAAUAAUAGUAAUAAUAUAAUUGAGAACAUCUUAUUGUUCCAAACCAUUUCAUUUGCGACUUUCACUAAGGAAUUUUCCAUUCGAAAGAAUUUGUUUUCAAAUGCAGUACUGUCUGUACAAGAGUUACACAAAUGCUGUGUUUUACCUAAAAUUAUGCUGCUGGUGUUCACUGAUUUUGAGAUUUCUAUUGAUCUUACAAAGGUAUUAUGAUGUUUUGAACUUUGAGUGAUAUCCAAAAUGAAAUGAGGCAAAUGAAAGUUUUAUGACUUUCAUUUGCCUCAGGAUCUAAUAAUGCAAUUUUGAGCAAAUUUUUAAGUCAAAUACGUCAGGAUAAUAAUUUGUAAAGAUGCAGUAAUAAAACAGAAUUGGAAUAUUUAUGACUGAACUUGUCUUUGUCAUCCAGAUAUACAUUUCUCCAGUGAAGAAAUGUAUGUCAAUCAGUCAAUCAAUCUUUCACUCACAGGCCCUUGACCACUCUCAGAAGCUGCGGAUGAGAAGACAGCUUCAGCUGUUUGGACUACAGCUUAAUGGUCCACAGGUCAGAUAUCUGGGCAGUGGUUUUCUUCUACGU